AUGACCACUUUAACUCACCGGGCCCGUCGUACUGAAGUAGGGAAGAAUUUUGAAAAGAAGGUAGAAAGUGAGGAAGACAUGAAUCAAGACCGAAAUCAAGACAAUGAGGACACUGGAGAUUCUAAGGAUAUCCGCCUCACCCUUAUGGAAGAAGUAUUGCUCCUGGGACUAAAAGAUAAAGAGGGUUACACAUCUUUCUGGAAUGACUGCAUAUCAUCUGGCCUGCGAGGUGGCAUCCUGAUAGAGCUGGCCAUGCGAGGUCGAAUCUAUCUAGAACCCCCCACCAUGCGUAAGAAGCGACUACUAGACAGAAAGGUACUGCUAAAGUCAGACAGCCCAACGGGUGAUGUUUUACUGGAUGAAACUCUCAAGCACAUCAAAGCAACUGAACCCACAGAAACUGUCCAAACAUGGAUAGAGCUACUCACCGGUGAGACCUGGAACCCUUUCAAAUUACAGUACCAGCUGAGAAAUGUGAGAGAGAGAAUUGCAAAGAACCUAGUAGAGAAGGGUAUUCUAACCACUGAGAAGCAGAAUUUCCUCCUAUUUGACAUGACUACUCACCCAGUGACCAAUACAACAGAGAAGCAACGACUAGUGAAAAAACUUCAAGAUAGUGUCCUAGAGCGGUGGGUAAAUGACCCUCAGCGUAUGGACAAGCGAACACUGGCACUGCUGGUGCUGGCCCACUCCUCCGAUGUGCUAGAGAAUGUCUUCUCCUCUCUGACAGAUGACAAGUACGAUAUGGCAAUGAAUCGAGCCAAGGACCUAGUAGAACUGGACCCUGAGGUAGAGGGGACAAAGCACAGUGCCACAGAGAUGAUCUGGGCUGUGCUGGCAGCCUUCAAUAAAUCAUAA